UCCUCCGGGACCCAAGAUGGCGCCGCCGGGGGCUGAGGGCGGGCGGCGCUGAGGCGGCCUGCGGGAGGCCGCCACCUUCCGUCGCGCUUUGCCGCUGCGCCGCGGGGCCGGCCGGCCGGUGGGCUCGCUUGCUCGCUGGCUGGCCGGCCGGGCCCGCCCCUCCCUUCCGCCAUGGCGGCCGAGAGCGGCAGGCAGUUCUGGAAGCGGAGCGCCAAGCUGCCGGGCAGCAUUCAACCUGUAUAUGGAGCACAGCAUCCUCCUCUGGAUCCCCGUCUCACCAAGAAUUUCAUCAAGGACCGCUCCAAGGCCAAUGCGCUGCCUGUGAAAAGCAAGAAGGCCUCCAGCUUCCACGAGUUUGCCCGCAAUACCAGUGAUGCCUGGGACAUUGGUGAUGAUGAAGAUGAGGACUUCUCUUCUUCCUCUUCCUCUUUCCAGACUCUGAACUCUAAAGUGGCCAAGGCCACGGCAGCACAGGUACUAGAGAACCACAGCAAGCUACGGGCAAAACCCGAGCGAGCCCAGUCUGCUCUUGGUGACAUGCCCACCAACUGCAAGGUAAUCAAGUCCAGCAGUGAGGCCCAGCUCUCCAGGACAUCUGAGGAGGCCUGUGUGAGGACCCCCCUUCAGAAGCAGCAGUCCCUUCCCCUUCGGCCUGUCAUUCCACUUGUUGCCCGAAUCUCUGACCAGAAUGCUUCGGGUGCUCCCCCAAUGACAGUGAGGGAGAAAACCCGCCUGGAGAAGUUUCGGCAACUCCUUUCCAGCCACAACACAGACCUGGAUGAACUGAGAAAAUGCAGCUGGCCUGGUGUGCCCAGAGAAGUCCGGCCUGUGACUUGGCGUCUCCUCUCAGGUUAUCUCCCCGCAAAUAUGGAGCGGCGAAAGCUGACUUUGCAGCGCAAGCGGGAGGAAUACUUUGGUUUCAUCCAGCAGUAUUAUGAUUCCCGGAAUGAGGAGCAUCAUCAAGACACCUACCGACAGAUCCACAUCGAUAUUCCAAGGACCAACCCACUCAUCCCCCUCUUCCAGCAGCCGCUUGUCCAGGAGAUCUUUGAAAGAAUCCUGUUUAUCUGGGCCAUUCGACACCCAGCCAGCGGCUAUGUACAGGGAAUCAAUGACCUGGUCACUCCUUUCUUUGUUGUGUUCCUCUCUGAGUAUGUUGAGGAGGAUGUGGAGAACUUUGAUGUGACGAACCUGUCGCAGGAUGUGUUACGGAGCAUUGAAGCUGACAGCUUCUGGUGCAUGAGCAAGCUGCUGGAUGGGAUUCAGGAUAACUACACCUUUGCUCAGCCAGGGAUCCAGAAGAAAGUCAAAGCCCUGGAGGAGCUAGUGAGCCGGAUCGAUGAGCAGGUACACAAUCACUUUAGGAAGUACGAGGUCGAAUACCUGCAGUUUGCCUUUCGCUGGAUGAACAAUCUGCUGAUGAGGGAGCUGCCUCUUCGCUGCACCAUCCGCCUCUGGGACACCUAUCAGUCAGAGCCAGAAGGAUUCUCACAUUUCCACCUGUACGUCUGCGCUGCCUUCUUGAUCAAGUGGCGAAAGGAGAUCCUAGAUGAGGAAGAUUUCCAAGGCCUUCUGAUGUUAUUACAAAACCUGCCAACAAUACACUGGGGUAAUGAAGAGAUUGGACUCCUGCUCGCUGAAGCCUACAGACUCAAGUACAUGUUUGCAGAUGCCCCCAAUCAUUACCGCCGAUAGGUGCCAGGACUCAACUCCCUCCUUUUCCCCAUGUCCAGCCCUUGUCCUGGCCCAAUCUGAUCACUGUGGCAUUUCUGUCAUCCAAGUCCUGGGACACUCUGGCCAGGAGCUGCUCCUCGCUGUACAAAGCUCACAUUGACUCUUGUCUUAACUCUUAACGUGUGCCUGUCUGCCACUCCAUGCGCCUGGAUGUGCCACUCCAGUGACCGUCAGUAUUCCAUGCCAAGCCAGGGAGAGAGGCGUGAAAGGGCUGUGAGAGGACAUUGGGGGGCAGCUUUACAGAUAAACUGAGCUGAGGACGAAGCCCUCCUGCCCUCUCCACCCCGUAUGCUGGGCUGGGACCACUUUGGCUUCGCUGCCUCGUGUUACCCUGUCACCACGUGCGCUGCCAUAUCUGCUCCCUUCUCUCUUCUGCCACUGGUCGCUCCAGCUCCCAGAUGAAAAAUGCCUUAUGAGAGACCUGCCUGGCUGGAAAAUCCUUCCCCUGAGGGCAGCAGGGCAAGAAGCUGCUCUCAGGGCCUGGCUUCACUCCCAGGGUCCGGACACCCCAAGCACUUUGUGGGUUCACAAGAGAACCCCUUGCACCUGCUCUCUGUCCUCCUCAUCCUCUUCACCUCCCUCUCCCCCAGGCAGUGGGGUGAGCAUGGCCUGGGACGGGGGGGGCAACUCCAUCACAUCCAAUGAUGCAUGUCAGCUUCACAGGACUUCCCGUGACUGAUGUGCUGUUGGUACAGCCCCCCUGUCAUGGCAGGAGGCAGGGGGGAGCUGGAAGGGGAGCAGCAUCUCUCACUCCCCCCUUGCAAAGCCCCUGUUCCUCUGAGACAUUCUGUGUAUAUUGUGUUCUUGUGUAUAUGGGUUAAAGAUGUACAAUAUACGUCUUAUGUUUGUAGCAGAUCAUGAUUUUAUAUUUAUAACAUGCACUCCUUGUUCUCCUCAUCCUCUCCAUGCCUGGGAAGGGUGCCUGGUUACAGCAUCAUAGGGCUUUGGACCUCUCCAGACAUGGCGGGGGGGGGCAUUUUGGACCCACAACGUGUGUGUGCAGUGUUGGACUUGCCAGGAAGAGCUGCAAUGGAAACAUGGAUCUCAAAGCUUCCCUCCAAAGAGGAUUUGGGUGCUUAAAGGAGAUGGGAAGCAGGGUAGAGCCAUGUCCAGGGAAAAGGGUAUCCCGUCUUGUCUGCUGCUGGCUCCGAGACCAGUGGAACUAUCUGGGGAGGAACAAUCCAGGAUCCAGCGCUGGCUGCCCCGCCAUUCCCCAGCCCUAUGGAUGUGUCCUCCAGGGCUUCUCCCAGCAAGGAGCAGGCUGCCCUCACCACCAUCUGCUCUUAAACCAGUUGUGGAUGUUUUAACCAGCUGCGUUCUUCCUGCUGGCCACAUCCUGAUCGGGGGCUGGGGGUGGAUCCAGGCCAUGUGGGCUGUCACCAGGGCCUGGAGCUUCCCAGUCCCUCCGUAUUCCAUUGCUGUUCCCAGUGGGAAGAGGCAGCGGGGCUGCGAGGCCGGGGUUGAGCAUGUGAAAGGCAGAGCCUUGUUGCCAAUAAAACUCCAAAUAGUGUCUCAAGAAA